AUGUACGUCCAGCUUCCGUUCGACGAGCUCAAGGUCGACCCCAACCAGAAGAAGAGAAUCGCCUACUUCUACGAUGCCGAUAUCGGCAACUACGCGUAUGGCGCCGGACAUCCCAUGAAGCCUCAUCGGAUAAGAAUGGCCCACUCGUUGAUCAUGAACUACGGACUCUACAAAAAGAUGGAAAUCUACCGAGCCAAGCCUGCCACCAAGCAGGAGAUGUGCCAGUUCCACACGGACGAGUACAUCGACUUUUUGAGCCGCGUUUCGCCCGACAACUUGGAGAUGUUUGCCAAGGAGCAGAUCAAGUUCAACGUGGGAGACGACUGUCCCGUGUUUGACGGGUUAUUUGAGUACUGCGGGAUCUCUGGGGGUGGGUCCAUGGAGGGUGCUGCCCGUUUGAACCGUGGAAAGUGUGAUAUUGCCAUCAACUAUGCCGGUGGGCUCCAUCACGCCAAAAAGCUGGAGGCCUCAGGGUUCUGCUACUUGAACGACAUCGUGCUUGGUAUCAUCGAGCUCUUGCGGUACUACCCACGUGUGUUGUACAUCGACAUCGAUGUGCACCAUGGUGACGGAGUUGAGGAGGCGUUCUACACCACCGACAGAGUCAUGACUGCGUCUUUCCACAAGUAUGGAGAGUUCUUCCCAGGAACAGGUGAAUUGAGAGACAUCGGGGUAGGUGAGGGUAAGUACCACUCAGUUAACGUGCCCUUGAGAGACGGAAUCGACGAUUCCACCUACAAGUCCAUUUUCGAGCCCUUGAUCAGCAAGAUCGUGGAGUGGUACCAGCCCUCUGCCAUUGUGUUGCAGUGUGGAGGAGACUCGUUGAGUGGUGACCGUUUGGGUUGCUUCAACUUGUCGAUGCAGGGCCACGCAAACUGCAUCAACUUCGUCAAGUCGUUCAACAUCCCCAUGAUGGUGCUUGGGGGUGGAGGCUACACGAUGAGAAACGUUGCCAGAACCUGGGCCUUCGAGCUGGGAUUAUUGAACGACGUGUUGUUGCCCACGGAGUUACCUUACAACGAGUACUAUGAAUACUACGGUCCUGACUACAAAUUGGACGUCAGACCCUCCAACAUGUACAACAGCAACUCGCCCGAGUUUUUGAACAAGAUCUUGGUCAACAUCAUAUCCAACUUGGACCACACUAAGCACGCUCCGUCGGUGCAGAUGAACUACGUACCGCGCGAUGCCGAGGACUUGGGUGACGAGGACGAGGACGAGGCUGACGCCAUGGACACCAAGGGUGGCUCGCAGUACGCCCGUGACGAGCAGGUCCAGCAGUUGACCGAGUUCUAUGAUGACGACGAGAAGGACGCGGGCGAGAGAAACAUCGCCAUGGGCGAGGCGUUGCAGGAAGCCACCAAAGACGCCCACAAGACGGUGGAAAAGAGUAAUGGAACUAAAUCGGAGGCCGUGCCAGCUGCGGCUGGUGCAUCCGUUUCCAAGGCUUCGGAUGCAGGCACCUCCGAGUCCAUCCUCACCCCUGACGAGCUCCAACAGAUCAACGAAUUGAACGGAGAGAGCUAG